UGCGCUGACUCUGUGCAGUCACUUGUAAAAGCAGCAUCAAGAAACUGUAUACCAGGUUGCACAACAGCCACUAAAGCCACCCGGUGCUGCUGCUGGUUUCUUGGAGGACAUUGGUCAGUCUCAUAACCACACACCUGAACCUAGAAGGAAACAGACUUGCAAAUCACAGGGAGCUCUUGAAAAACUCCACUUUCCCAAGCCACACUGGGUCUGUCGCUGACUGCUAGAUAUGGGCCAUGUGUGGUGGCGCACACCCUUCAUUUCAGCACUGGGAAACAGAGGCAGGCAAAUCUUGGUGAGUUUGUGGUCAGCCUGAUUUACAUAGUAAUUUCCUGACCAGCCUGGCCUACAUAGUGAGACCCCAACUUAAAAAGCAAAACAAAACGUCUUUGCUAAGGGUCACAUUGAAUUAACGUUGCUCGGGGCAGUCUUCAGGAAUCAGCACCAUGGCUGAAGACAUCAAGACUAAAAUCAAGAACUACAAAACUGCCCUCUUUGACAGUCGCGUCCCAAACCAGAACCAGACCAAGAACUGCAGGCAGAACUACCUGGACUUCCACCACUGCAGGAAGGCAAUGACUGUAAAGAGGAGUGACAUCUCCGUGUGUGAGUGGUACCUCUGCCCUGUGUCAUGGGUCUCAGCCUGGGAUGACCGCAGAGCAGAAGGCACGUUUCCUAGGAAGAUCUGACCUGAAUCCACCGUCCUCUCCUGUUUUCUGUCCUUCUCCCCAGAUAGUAAA